UCUCCCUGGACCCUGCAUUCACUAUAUCUGGUCUCCCCGGACCCUGCAUUCACUAUAUCCGGUCUCCCCGGACCCUGCAUUCACUAUAUCUGGUGUCCCCGGACCCUGAAUUCACUAUAUCUGGUCUCCCUGGUCCCUGUAUUCACUAUAUCUGGUCUCCCCAGACCCUGCAUUCACUAUAUCCGGUCUCCCCGGACCCUGCACUCACUAUAUCUGGUCUCAUCCCUGACCCUGCAUUCACUAUAUCCGGUCUCCCAGGACCCUGCAUUCACUAUAUCUGGUCUCCCCAGACCCUGCACCACUAUAUCUGGUCUCCCCAGACCCUGCAUUCACUAUAUCUGGUCUCCCCCGACCCUGCAUUCACUAUAUCUGGUCUCCCCAGACCCUGAAUCCACUAUAUCUGGUCUCCCACAGUACACAUAACAUGGAAAUGCAAUUAAAACAAGAGUAAAAUG